AGAGGAGCGAGUUGGAGACGGCAGGCGCACCGAGCGCGCACGGAGCUGCCUGAUGCCUGAUGCCAGAGGACCCUCCAGCUUUCCACGCUCCAUGCGCUGCAUCCAAUGCAUCCAAGGUAGGAAGCCAAUGUGAAAGAAGGGAUAAAGAAUGGAGGGGCCAAAUGGGAGCGGCAUUGGCCCUCCCAACUCCUCCUGGGACGCAGGGGCUCCUUACUCUUCGGCUACAGCGGCAAGUCUUGCAGCACUGGUCACUUUCCUCAUCCUCUUUACUGUGGUGGGCAACGUGCUGGUGGUCAUCGCUGUCCUGACCAGCAGAGCGUUAAAAGCUCCUCAAAACCUGUUCCUGGUGUCCCUGGCUACUGCGGACAUUCUUGUGGCCACCCUGGUCAUGCCCUUUUCCUUGGCCAAUGAACUUACAGGCUAUUGGCUGUUUGGCAGCACAUGGUGUGGCGCCUACCUGGCACUGGAUGUGCUCUUCUGCACCUCAUCCAUCGUCCACCUGUGCGCCAUCAGCCUGGACAGGUACUGGUCUGUCACUCGAGCCGUGGAGUACAACCUGAAGCGCACACCUCGCCGCAUCAAAGUGGUUAUCCUUAUGGUUUGGCUGGUGUCCGCCGUCAUUUCCUCACCGCCCCUCCUGUCCGCCAGCAGCCAGACGGAGGGGUCAGAGCGACCGCAGUGCGAGUUGAAUGACGAAACUUGGUACAUCCUCUCGUCUAGCGUGGCAUCCUUCUUCGCGCCAUGCCUCAUCAUGGUGCUUGUCUAUAUUAGGAUUUAUCAAGUGGCCAAAACUAGAACAAGAACCAUGUCGGAGAAGAAAAAGCACAGCCUGGACGCCCCCACACAGACUGAGAACGGCUUCAGCAGAGCCACACAGGUGGGGAGACAAGGAGAAGACAGGGAGAAUGGACACUGUGUGAGUGUGACUAUCCCCGGGUGGCAGAGUAAAGAGGGAAUUUCUAGGAUGUCGCCAAGCCACGAAGAAGCGGAGGUCACUUCUUCAUCAGAGAACAAAGGUCAGAAGGUGAGGGAUCCUACCCCGAGCAGGAGUCAUAUGGACAGUCCAGAAGUUGGCGGGACAGCAGCAGAGCCUCCGAGGAGGACGUCCCGCGCUGGCAGCAGGGCCAGGGAGCUUUUUUCCUCAAGAAGAAAAAGGAGUGGCCGCAGGAAGAGCAGCACCAGUAGCAGCAGUGUCAAGAGAAGAGCAUCCCAGGUGAGGGAGAAGCGCUUCACCUUCGUAUUGGCCGUGGUCAUGGGCGUGUUUGUGAUCUGCUGGUUCCCAUUCUUCUUCAGCUACAGCAUGUACGGUAUAUGCAGGCAAGCCUGCCAGAUCCCAGACGCACUCUUCAAGUUCUUCUUCUGGAUCGGCUACUGCAACAGCUCCCUCAACCCCGUCAUCUACACCAUCUUCAACCAGGACUUUAGGAGAGCCUUCCACAAGAUCCUCUGCUCACCAUGGAAAAAGUCCUUCUAGAUGAACAACCCUGUAUUGUCUCUGGAGGACAUCACUCUAGACCACUCCAGAUCCACUGCUCACUCUGGGAAAAAAUAAGAAAAGUAACCUUCGAGAUACUAAUCUAUACGGAUCCUUAAAGAAAUCCCUUGGGAGACUCUUAGUUAGCUCUGGAGGACUCGCUGCAAAAAUAUAAAAGGUAUCUUGGCAAGUGAAACCAUCCUAAAUGUAGUAGAUAAGGCUAAGAGUUCUCAUUUUGAGAAAUUGAAAAAAAAAGAUAAUUUCUUAUUGAGUGCAUUUCCAUGCACUUCAUAAUCUGAUUAGAUAUUGAUCACUGCACUUAUCUCAUUAUUCAACUAGUCAUGUAAACAGCAUAAUUUGUUAGAUGAGAGUAAGGUCUAAAAAUUGUCUAAAUAGCUGGAUUUUAGCUCAGUAAUGCUAUUUUAAUUGAAUGAAUUCAGUUUUUUUUCUGAUUUCAUAGUCUGUGCAUGAGUGGAAACGAGACCCUGGUAGUAAAAAUAAGUGAGGAUUGUUUAACACAGCACCUGUAAGAUAGUGACAAAACACUGAAACACAUUAAUCAGAUUAUAAACUGCAAGUAAACACAAUCAGUAUUGUCUACUGAUUUUAUAAUAUUUUUACAGGCAUCAGAAUAAAAUUGAUUUUUUAUAACUGUUAACGAUAUUUAUAAUUCGAUUUUAUGUAAUUGAUCCAGUGGAUUAAUUUGAUUUGACAGCAAAAAUGUUUAAAAAGGCUUGCAGUUUGCUAGCUUUAUUCCUUUUUCAGUUUAUUAUAACAUUUUACAUUGCUAAAGUAAAAAUAUGUUAAUUUUGCUCUGUCAAAAUGUGAUAGGCUGCAGCAAGGCUGCAAGAUUAAUUAAAACAAAAUCAUUUUUAAAACAAACUCUGCUCCAGAGACUUCAUUUUACACCAACGUUUUGUGGUGCUGUUUUAUUUCACUUCAUGUUGUGCACAAAAAAAGUAACUGAGCAACUAGGGAAGAAUAAGUUAGGGCUUCCCCUUUAAAUCACUUCAUGACAGUUUAGCUUGAUUUUGGAUACUUUCACUUGCAAAUAUAUCAUUUUUGCAGUGCAUGUCUUUAAGGCAGUGGUUCUGGAGUCUAUUUUCCCUGAACAUUUUGGUGUUUUUCUUGCAUUUCCUUGCUUUAAUGUCCAUCAGUUGACAAAAAUGAGCUAAUUAAAGCAGCAGUCCCUAAGAUUUCCAUUUUUAAAUUGAAACAGUCGUUCUCCUCAGUUGGGAGGGGACACAAUAGUGUAAUUAAUAGUAUCAGUGUCCUGACACAUUCCUGCAAAGUCUAACAUAUUAAUUCUGAUAACAAAGUGGUCUGGUUGGUUUGCUUGAUGUAACUGCUCUGUACGUUUUGACAUUAUUUCAGAAAUGAACAAAAUCAACAAAAUUUACUUUAGCCUGCAUUAGGAGAUCUUUAAAUUCCCAAACCCCCAAAACUAAAGGACUGUUGCUUUAAGAAGUCUUUCUUCAGUUGAUGUUAUUUCCUGGUAGAGCAGAAAACCAUGAAAUGUGCAGGUUGCUGUACUCCGAGAGAUUAUGGUUGAGAAGAAAAAAAUCUUAAAUCAUCUCAAUGAGAUCUUUCUAUAGAUCUAAAGAUCUGAGGUCAGUCUACAGUAAUGGAGACAUUUGGAACUUUUCAAGAAUAUCCUGACAUUCGAGACCAUUUUGAUGGUGUACGCCCGAGGCAGCAAAGCCAUCUAUCUUUCUCUCUUGCUCUUUAUCUUUCUGACUUCUCUGAUUUGGAGAGAUAUUAAACAGUCAGACAGAGCAUUAGAAGAGGACGACUGGAAUAUUUCAGGCUCCAGGGCAUGAGUGACCAGACUGCUGCUCCACCUAAGACUGCCCGACGUGAACAGGGUCACGACGCGAACGAGAAGUGUUGCAUUUUCUCGCCGCAGAUUUCACUGGACCUUUGAUUGGCUUUGAUUCUACUCCAGCUGUUGUAGAGCCUGGAGCUUCAGGCAAAUCAAAAAUGGAGCAGCAGAAAUGAGGCAAAGUGGUGGACCUGUUGGUGUUUCUACUGCAGUGUUAAGUGUAAAAAAAAAAAGUCACAGAUUUAUUUUUUAUGUAAACUCUGAAGAAGCUGUAUGAAAUAAAAAGUAUAACAUUC